UGGGAGUUAUCUGUUCAUGUACAUAAUUUAAGCAGGUACCUGUUCAUUGUUAGCUCUUCAAUUAUAAAUACAAAUGGCAUUACAAGGCUUCACCGAGAGUCUGGCUGGAAAAUGGCUCCUAGUAAAAAACGAAGGCUUUGAUGAAUAUCUUCAAGCAAUGGGUGUAGGCUACAUCAAGAGGAAGCUGGCAUUGUCUUUCAACACGACAAUGGAGAUGAUCAAGGAGGGCGAGGACAGUAUCCGCAUCAUCACGAAGAGCGCCAAGAACAUGGACACAGUCAUCAAGAUCGACGAGGAGAAGGAGGAGGCGGACCCCUUCGACAAUAAAAUCAAGGUGAAAGUCAGCUGGGAUCCAGCUACAAAAGUACUGAAAACAGAAUCAUAUCCACUGGAGGGUUCAAAUGCAAAGACAGCCUUAGUUGAAAGAAAAAUCCUUCCCGACGGACAAAUGCUUAUGGAAGUGACUCUACCAAACGACAAUCUAGUCUGUAAACGAUAUUUCCAGAAACAGGAUUCGUGAUAGUCAGUGCAAUCUUAAAUAGUUGUGAGAAACGUUUUAUUUAAUGUCCAAGUGAUUCAAACCAAACACGCAAUCAACUUUUGUUGUGUGUUCUGUGAUAUUCCAUAUUCCAGUUGAAGUAAAACAAUACGAGGUCCUUUAUCAGGUGUAUUCCUCUGGUCCGUUCACAUUUUUCAUAUAUAUAUAUCAAAUUGAUUAAAGGUUUUAUUGUUUUUAGUGUUAUCAUAUACUCAUGUUAAACUGGCUUUUAGUAAUUUAAUAAACUAUUCAAAACAUUGCAA